CUACAUGUAGUACAAAUCGGCUCUUCUCAGAGGUUUUGAAGGGAGACAAUAAAGUCUAUGGGCAAAUCAAAAUGGAGGGUGACAAUGGAGCAGUUCUUACGUUCCCCAACAAGGAAACCCAGGUGCUGUCGUCAUAGUACAAGUAUGCUGUGGUUGGAAGAAUGGCCAAAUUUAUUGCCAACAACAGUAUUGCAGACUCUCAAGAGGUCAAGGUUUGGGAUGGUUCCAAGUCAGCAUCCUAACUCGCUUCCAGGUACUUAUCAACUUUAAAGAUGAAAGUGAUUUCUACAGAUUCCUGAGCAGAGUACAUGGUCUGUGGAUGGAAAACAUUUACUCGUAUAUCUUUCUAAAUGCUCCCCAAAAUAUUUGCUUUUGGAGGAUAGCCCUUUGGUUACCCUAUGGGUCACUCUCAAACAUUUCCCUAUUUAUUUUCAAGACCUUAGGGCUUUACUCUCGAAUGCUAACAUGCUUGGAACUCCUGUCAUGAUGGAUGAACGAAGAACGCAGAGUAUCUCAAUACUGCAAGGGUUAUGAUUGAGGAUUUGAGGUGGAUGUUUCAAAACAUCUACCCAAACAUAUAAAAAUCCGAUCUGGAGAUACUAUGGAAUUUAUACCGGUCAUAUUCCAUGAUGUUCCUUCAUACUGUACUAAGUGCUGCAUGCUUGGUCAUGAGUGUAACUCAUCUGGCCGGAAUCGUAAUAUUAUGGCUACCGGAAAAAUCCCCGGCUGUGGGAAUGGGCCCAAAAGGGGUUGCUCUAGUUCAAUGACAGCUAAUGGAGGGCAAGGGCCACGUGACAGCACAUGGAGGACACCCAACAAAUAUUCCAUCGACGUCCAAUGCGACAAGCCAAGCCUCUUCACUCGGUGUUCGUGGCUUCGUGCGAACAAAGAUGUCAAUCAACAUUCCCCUAUUCAUCUAGCCAGUGGGCCACAAAUGGAAGACAACAUCCCCGAAGGUCCGUCGCACACAAAGAGGGUCAUGGAGAAACUUUCACCUUCUAUGAACGUGUGUACAGGUAGCAAAGAUGAUUUGUGCUUAAACCUAAACAAUUUAGACUCUGAAGGGUUUGUGCAAGAAUGGUUUUGUCUGAGGGAGGCCAACCUGGAAACCAUGAAAGAAGCAUGCAUGCAGUCCGAGAAUGAUGGUCAAGAAGUUAUGGACACAUCAAUCCUAGGACCUUUGGAAGUGAUGACUCCCAAAGCCAAUAGUUCAUCCAUGAUUCUUUCUAGAACUGGGAAGGUUAAAACUCCCUCACUUAAGCUUUUAGUCCAGACUAGGGGAAUGAAAGCUGCUCUAGAUCCCCAACAAAAGGGUGGUCAAUGAAUCUGCUUUUCUGGAACAGUUGUGGAGUGAGUGGUGCCCUGCCCAGGCUAUUCACUUUCGUUAAGUUACAUAGGGUUCACUACCUUGCAGUUUUAGAGCCUUUUGUUAGGUAGAACUCAUGUGCUUCCAAGUUAGGUUUGAAUCGCUACACAGUGGCGCUGAAGAAUAAAGCUUGGAUUUUUUGGGAUGACUCUCAUCUAUCCUUUAAAGAGAAGCUUUUAGAUGAUCAAAUUAGCAGCAUAAUUUUCCAUCCGGUCCUACCUAACAAAGAGAUCCAAAUGUCCGCUGUCUACAGCAAGCAUUCUGAUGGAGACAGAAUGCAGCUUUGGAGAGCCAUGGUGGCCCAUGUGCCUAAUGACAAGAUAUGGCGGGAGGUGGUGAUUUCAAUGUGAUUGCAUCUCAAGAGGAACAUAAAGGCAAAGUAGCACUCUAUUCGAUUCUAUUCGAAGGGGUUUCAAAAUAUCAAAAUUUCCAUUUUCCUUAAAUAAUACAUAGUAUUAUUAAGUAAUCCUGGUUGCAGAGGGUUUGGUUAGCCUCAUCUCAAAGGCCGAGUCUGAGACGCAUACAUGGGCCUGUGCCAGCAGAGGUGGUCCGCGGGUUUCUCACUUGUUUUUUGCUGAUGACUGUCUUCUGUUCACAAGGGAUAAUAGUACGGAGUGCCUCAAAAUAGUAGAGAUCCUCAAUAGGUAUGAGCAGGCAUCCGGUCAAAGAGUUAAUUUUGAGAAAUCUAAGGUGACAUUCAGUACAGGCGCUUCUAUGGAAAAUACCUAGGUGUACCUAUGUCUUGGGGGAGGUCAAAGAAGGAAACCGUGUUCUGAAAGAGCUUUCUGAUUGGAAGGAAAAACUAGGUGUACCUAUGUCUUUUACCAAUUUCUCUCUUCAAGAAAAUGUCAAAUGAUAUCGCAAGAGAAGGGCAACUUGUUAUUUAAAUCAGAUCAUAUCCCCACCAUACAAAGUGCAAGGAAGAAGCUAUAGAGGAAUCUACUGUGCUGCCUGGGCCGCUGUUACUACUCACUAUAUUUGGAAGGCCAGAAAUUUGUUAUUUUGAAGGAGAGUGGGUGAAAUGCCACCAGCUUUCAAUGGAUGAUUAGCCUUCAACAUUCUGCUUUUGCUGGCCUCACUGUGAUAGCUGAGAAAGAAGCCACCUAUUGGCAGAGGUAGUGUUUUGGGCUGAACAGGCAGUGUGAUUUGAAGGGCAUUGUUGAUCAGAGCAUUGGAUCACUGAAGAGGUUGAAGAGCUUGCCGGAUUGAAAAGUCCAAGCUGGAUCUGUUAAAAAAAUUGAACAAGGAACUUUUUGUGGGGAGUAGCAGCUAAAUAUAUGAAGGUGCCUCUUGUUAAUUGGGAAGAGGUAUGUAUGCCCAGAAAUAUUACCCAGCAGCGUAGGGGUCGUAAGUUCCUUGAACCGGGAAUUGAGCGACACCGGCACCAGGUGAAACCUGUUGCAUUCUUCUGUUUUGUCUUGUUUUGUCUUGUGCUAUAAGGUUUGAAAAGCUUUGAUUGUGCAGGGUUUUGUGAAGUGGGAAGGUUAUCCCAUUAACAAAAACAAAAACCAGGAGGAGGGUAGAAAUGAAGAGAUGAUAUGAAUGGGCAGCCAUUGGCAUUGUCCAGACCAAAAAAUUCAUUCAACUAGAUAAAAGGCUGUGGUAUACUGGUAUAUGCAGAAACAAACUCAGAAGCUUGAGAAGAAAGAAUGUUAGAGAAAGAUGAGAGCUGAAGGAUCUGAAACCGGCUAUUUAAUUAGUUACAAUGCCUCCAGCAAGCAAAUUUGGAUCAUACACACACCAAUAAUUGUGACUACUUAGCUAUUAAGCUUAAAUUAACAAGGAUAUAAAUGAUAAAAAAUGAUUACUGUAUAUACUUCAAUCUUUAUUACAAACUUUUUCAUUUUGUCAUUAGAGGUAGUGAGAUUCUAGAGGGACCAAUAUUGGGGUGUGUUCUUUGCCUCCCUUGGUUCUCAAGAUCAGAAAAUAGCAUUAAAGAAGUUUGAAAGAUAAUCCCAU